AUGUGGUUUUGGGCCGAGAAUCUUGGAGUAGAGCCUGUGGAGGGAUUUCUUUCCCUUGAAAGAAAGAAGAGGGAGGAAAAACAUCUUGGAUACGGUUGGGUUCUUCACCAGAGUGGUUCCAACAUGGAGAGACCCAACUCACGUGGGCCUGAAGCAGGACCUGGGGGCAGUGGGGAAUCCUGGGAAAGAACCAGACAUGAGUCCCUGAGUGUGGACCUUGACAGCUCGGACACACAGCGCCAGCGCUUCAGGCAAUCCUCCUACCAAGAGGGUGAAGGACCCAGAGGAGUUUGCAGUCGUCUCCACGAUCUGUGCCGCCAGUGGCUGAAGCCAGAGCAGCACACCAAGGCCGAGGUGCUGGACCUGGUGACCCUGGAGCAGUUCCUGAGCAUCCUGCCCCCAGAGAUGGGGAGCUGGGUCCGAGAGUGUGGGGCAGAGACCUGUUCCCAGGCGGUGGCCCUGGCGGAAGGCUUCCUCCUGAGUCGGGCCGAGGACAAGGAGCAGGAAGGACAGGUGAGAGCAUUCCCUCUGGGUUUCACUAACCUGGGGACUGAUGGACAGGUUGAACGUACAUCCUGCCUUUCUUCCAAGAUGGGACCAAUGUGGGGGAUAAGACUGAAAAUGCAGCCCUUCAGUGUCUUCCCAGGUGGGACCCUAAGCGAAGAUGAGUCUUGA